GGAGACCACAGAUAUCGUUUUCGACCCCAAUACCUUCCGCUGUUUCAGAGCCACAUAACAACCCAUCAUCCGAACCAGCCUCAGCAAUGGCAUCCCUCUACACCCACCAACACCCACCCGCCUACCCCACACCUUUCAGCCUACCCAACCACAACCCCAUGCAGAACCCCAACACCUUCCCAUCCGCCUUGCCAUUGAAUCCAACAACACAGCCAUCCGUCCUUCCCCUACCAGUAAAUUCUUCAACGACAACGGAAGAAGAAGACCCUAACGACGCAAUAUACACCUGGGUCGACAGCAUCCCCCUCUCGCGCCCGAAACGAAAUAUACAACGGGAUUUCAGUGAUGGCGUGGCAACAGCGGAGGUGAUACACCACUACAUCCCGAAACUGGUGGAUUUGCACAACUACCCCCCGGCAAACGGAGUCAAGCAAAAGUUGUACAAUUGGGCUACAUUAGAUCAAAAAGUUUUUCGCCGCCUCGGACUGAGGGUAGACACCUCAACAGCCGAAGCGAUCGUAAAAUGCACGCCGGGGGUGGUCGAGGGCGUGUUGCGGGGGUUGAAGGACAAGAUUGAGGCGUACCUCGCCCGGCACCAUCGGUCGCAUUCCUCGCUCAAUUCCUACUCCCAUCUCAACUCCUCAAAUGGGUCAAUGGCGUCCUUGGAUGCUGCACACUCACAGGCGAAUCUGGGUGUAGGUGCAGGGGGCAUGAUCGCGCCCGCGCACGGGGAUAGCGGAUAUGCAUACACCACACAGCAGAUGGGUGGUCCAAUAGAUGUGGGGUAUGCCGUUUCACCACAACACCACCACCAACAACAACAGAUCCAGCAAUUAACCGAGACGGUGGGGAUGCUGCAGCACAAGGUGGAGAGGUUGGAGGAGUUGGUUAGCUUGAAGGAGAGGCAGGUUGAGGGUCUGGGGUUGCGGUUGAGGGCUCAUGGGUUGGAGUAGACUGGUUGGAUGGGGCCGGGGAUGUUAGGGAGCGAUGGCUCGACGAAUAAGCUGCUCUGAUGUGAGCCCCGUGGUAUGAUGUGCGAGCGGAAGCGAAACGGUGCGGUCGUGUGCUGCGGAUCCCCUUAUGCACUGGCAUCCAACAAAGUUUGGCCCGAAUGAGAAAACACUGGCCAG